AUGCGAUCGAUGAUGUUAUCGAGAUUCAUCGAUAUUAAAUAUCAAUGUAACAAUCUCGGAUGCUCAUCUUCUAUCGUUGAUCCUGCUUCGAGCUUGAGAGACUGUCAAUUCGCUUGCUUAGCUGAUGCACAAUGUCGUACAGUUACUUUUGAUGAAAACAGUAAUCACUGUGAAUUGUUUUCUGAUAUUCCAAGUCAAUAUGGAAAUCUGCUAGCACAAUCAGGUGUUAUAACCAUGACUGUCAUAGAUGACAGACAAGUAACUGAUCGUGCAUCAGGGAAUUUGCUUUGGAAUACCACAGGAAUCACUGUACUCAAUUCAUCACAAUUAGUAUCAGCCGCGGGUUUAUAUGUUGACUCAAACAAUACUUUGUAUGUUGUUGAUGUGAAUAAUCAUGUUGUAUGGAAAUUAUUGAACAAUGCCGCGAAUGCAACGAUUGUAGCUGGACUUUACCAAUCACAAGGAUCUAAUAGCAGUCAACUAAACUGGCCUUAUGAUGUUUAUGCUGACAGACAUGGGAAUAUAUAUGUAAGUGAUUAUUACAAUCAUCGUAUACAAAAGUACAGCAACGGAUCAAGAAAUGGAAAAACUAUUGCCGGUAUAAAUGGAUACGGAUCUUCUUUAAACCAAAUGAAUCGUCCUGAAUUUUUUGUUUUUGAUUCAACUGAUACAUUCAUGUAUAUCGUUGAUCAUGAUAAUAAUCGUAUUAUGCGCUUUGUAACGACUUCGACUUCAGGUGUCAAUGGUACGGUUAUAGCAGGUGGAAAUGCAGCAGACAACACGAACACAACAUUUAAUUCGCCGCUUGGUAUUCACUACUUUCCAAAUACAAGUAGUGAUCUAUUUAUAACAAACAGUGAUGGACAUUCAGUGAUACGUUGGACACCAGGUGCUUCGUCGGGUGUUUUUGUGGCAGGUACACCAGGUGUAGCAGGUUCCAGUUCAUCUCUCUUAUACAGUCCAGCAGGUAUUAGAAUUGAUACGUAUUUGAAUAUGUAUGUUGUUGAUAAAGGUAAUAAUAGAAUACAAAUGUUCUGUGCCAACAGUCAAGUCGGGAUCACUAUUGCGGGUGGUUCAGGUGGCAAUGGUCCAGAACAAUUAAAUCAACCACUUGGCAUUGCAUUCGAUGCAAAAAUGAAUAUGUAUAUUGGUGAUAAUAAUAACGCGCGUGUUCAAAAAUUUGUUAAACUCUAA